ACACACAUAUAUAUAUGUAUGAAUGUGUAACUAAGAGGGCAACGUCGAGACGAUUUAAAAGAGGAUUAUUUCCUGAAUCGGAAGCUUUCUUGAUAUUUUGUGUACUGAAGAUCAUCAAUACUCAAUAUUUGAGCUUCAAUUUUUCUUCCUUUGGUACAAGGAGCAAACAGAGAAGCACCUGGGCUUAGCUCACCCCAUACCGACAGAGAUAAGAGGUGUCAUCUCUCCUGCGACUUAACAGAAAUCCAGAAUGAGUGAUGAAUUCAAGACAUCGCCGUAUAGGCGCUAUCGCGGCGACGUUGAAGCCGGUAACAGUAGCCGAAACUAUGAUGAGGAUGAGGAUGAAGGUUCGGGGCCAUUUGAUAUUGUAAGAACCAAAAGUGCUCCAGUCGACCGGUUGCGUAGGUGGAGGCAAGCUGCGCUUGUACUAAAUGCUUCUCGGAGAUUUCGGUAUACAUUGGAUUUGAAGAAAGAAGAAGAAAAGAAGCAAUUGAUUGCUAAGAUUAGAAUGCAUGCUCAAGUCAUUCGGGCUGCUGUUCUUUUCCAAGCGGCUGGGCAAGGAGUGAAAGUUCCAGGAUCUACAAAGUUACCACCCUCAAGCCCAACUCGAUUUGGUGAUUUUGGUAUCAGCGCAGAGGAAUUAGUUUCUAUGUCCAGGGAGCACGAUCUCUCUCUUCUGCAACAAAAUGGAGGGGUCAAAGGAGUUGCUGAGAAGUUAAAGACAAAUUUGGAGAAAGGGGCACCUGGAGAUGAGGCUGACCUCAUAGAGCGCAAGAAAGCUUUUGGAUCGAACACAUAUCCUCGGAAGAAAGGGCGGAGUUUCUGGAGGUUUGUUUGGGAAGCUUGUCGAGAUACCACACUGAUCAUCUUGAUGGUCGCUGCAGCCGCUUCCUUAGCGCUGGGCAUAAAGACUGAGGGAAUAAAAGAAGGUUGGUAUGAUGGAGGAAGCAUUGCCUUGGCAGUUCUUAUAGUCAUUAUAUUUACAGCUGUCAGCGAUUACAAACAGUCUCUUCAAUUCCAAAACUUGAAUGAGGAGAAGCAGAACAUACAGAUGGAGGUUGUUAGGGGUGGGCGUAGAAUCAAGGUCUCGAUAUUUGAUAUAGUUGUUGGGGAUGUUGUGCCUCUCAAAAUUGGUGAUCAGGUACCUGCAGAUGGGCUUGUAAUCUCUGGUCACUCCCUUUCAAUUGAUGAAUCAAGUAUGACUGGCGAGAGUAAAAUUGUUCAUAAGGACUCAACAAAAGCACCCUUUCUUAUGUCGGGAUGCAAGGUUGCUGACGGAUAUGGCAGCAUGCUGGUAACAAGUGUUGGAAUAAAUACAGAGUGGGGAUUACUUAUGGCCAGCAUAUCAGAGGAUAAUGGCGAAGAAACACCAUUGCAGGUACGAUUAAAUGGUGUCGCUACAUUUAUUGGUAUAGUUGGUCUUGCCGUAGCAGUAGCAGUUCUGAUAAUCCUCGUCGCCAGGUUUUUUACUGGGCAUACCAAAAAUCCUGAUGGCACUGUCCAAUUCACAGCUGGGAAGACUAAAGUUGGUGAUGCGAUUGAUGGCUUCAUAAAGAUAUUCACUGUUGCAGUGACCAUUGUAGUUGUUGCAGUACCAGAGGGUCUUCCCUUGGCUGUUACUCUGACGCUUGCUUAUUCAAUGAGAAAAAUGAUGGCUGAUAAGGCAUUGGUCAGGAGGCUAUCAGCCUGUGAAACAAUGGGUUCUGCAACUACCAUUUGCAGUGAUAAAACUGGGACCCUAACUCUGAAUCAGAUGACGGUGGUUGAGGCAUAUGCUUGCGGGAAGAAAAUUGAUCCACCUGACAAUAAGUCUCUUCUUCCUCCUAGUGUUAUAUCUUUACUUGUUGAAGGCGUCGCACAAAACACCACUGGAAGUGUAUUUGUGCCUGAGGGUGGUGGAGCUCUGGAGGUUUCUGGAUCACCCACAGAGAAGGCCAUUCUGCAGUGGGGACUAAAUCUUGGGAUGGAUUUUAGUGGUGCCCGAUCAGAAUCAGAGAUAAUUCAUGCUUUCCCUUUUAACUCUGAGAAAAAGCGAGGUGGUGUUGCUGUUAAACGGUCGGAUUCUGAAAUUCGUGUUCACUGGAAAGGUGCUGCCGAAAUAGUCCUUGCUUCUUGUACGAGUUAUAUUGAUCCUGAUGAUAGUGUGGUUCAGAUGGAUGAAGAUAAGUUAUCACUUUUUAAGAAGGCAAUUGAAGAUAUGGCUGCACGGAGUUUGCGCUGUGUUGCCAUUGCCUAUAGGAUUUGUGAAAAGGAUGAAGUUCCAACUAGUGAUGAGGAACUAGAAAAUUGGCAGCUACCUGAGGGAGACCUCAUUUUGCUCGCGAUUGUUGGCAUCAAGGAUCCUUGUCGGCCAUUUGUGAGAGAUGCGGUUCAAUUAUGCAUUAAUGCUGGUGUUAAGGUUCGCAUGGUCACUGGAGACAAUCUACAAACAGCCAGGGCAAUUGCUUUAGAGUGCGGGAUAUUAGGAUCAAAUGCUGAUGCUACCGAGCCUAAUCUUAUCGAGGGAAAGACAUUUCGUAACUUGAGUGAAACACAGAGAUUAGAAGUGGCUGAUAAGAUUUCGGUGAUGGGAAGGUCAUCACCCAAUGACAAACUCUUGCUUGUGCAAGCAUUGAGGAAGAGAGGACAUGUUGUUGCUGUCACUGGAGAUGGCACUAACGAUGCUCCUGCGCUACAUGAGGCUGAUAUUGGUCUUGCAAUGGGAAUUCAAGGCACAGAAGUUGCAAAAGAGAGUUCAGAUAUUAUUAUAUUGGAUGAUAAUUUUGCUUCCGUUGUAAAGGUUGUGCGAUGGGGUAGAUCUGUAUAUGCCAAUAUUCAGAAAUUUAUACAAUUUCAACUUACAGUUAAUGUUGCAGCUCUGAUUAUCAAUGUUGUGGCUGCAGUUUCUUCUGGUAAUGUUCCACUCAAUGCGGUGCAGCUUCUUUGGGUAAACCUUAUCAUGGACACACUAGGAGCUCUUGCACUAGCCACGGAGCCUCCUACAGAUCACCUCAUGCGUAGACCUCCAGUCGGUCGAAGGGAACCUCUAAUAACAAAUAUCAUGUGGAGGAAUUUGUUAAUACAGGCUUUGUAUCAAGUAACUGUUCUCUUAAUCCUCAAUUUCGGGGGAAGGAGCAUCCUGAAUCUGGGGCAUGAUAAGAGUGAUCAUGCUUUCAAAGUUAAGAAUACGCUGAUAUUCAAUGCAUUCGUCUUCUGUCAGGUAUUUAAUGAAUUUAAUGCACGAAAGCCAGAUGAAAUCAAUGUGUGGAAAGGAGUAACUAAAAACCAUCUCUUCAUGGGAAUAGUUGGUCUCGAAGUGUUGCUUCAGGUUAUCAUUAUCUUUUUCCUGGGAAAGUUUACUUCAACAGUUCGGCUUAGUUGGAAAUUGUGGCUUGUUUCUCUUGCCAUUGGUUUUAUCAGCUGGCCCCUUGCUGCUGUUGGAAAAUUAAUUCCUGUACCAGAUAGACCGUUUGGUGAAUAUUUUACGAAGAAAAGGCAUCAGCAAAAGGAUCCCAGUGGUAAAGGACAAAACCCUCCUCCAGAAGUUUCUGCAGAAUAGGCUAACAUUUGUAUAGAUACAAAAUGGAACUCAUAACUAACUUUGAGGCGUCAAGGUUCAUGGGGAGCUGCAUAUCUUAAUGUCUGAUAGGAUUUGCACUUUUUUCUGAGGUUGAAUCAACCUUUCUUAAUGCGUUUUUGUUUAGCUAAUGGUACUAUGUUGAUAUACUUUGGUGCCUCUAUAGGUAGUUGUUGAUACCUAGUACAGUGCUGGUUUCCCGUUUUGAGGGCACUCUUUUUAUACUUCAAAUUGAAAGAUCUGUUACGGAUGUCAUAUAUUUGUACGUAUUGUUUAAAUCUCAAAAGUGUUCUAUUUUUGCUUGCGCU